AGCGCAGAGCGCUUCAGUCUGUGACAGACACCCGUGAGAGAAGGACGCGUUUCCAGCCACCAUGUCCAAUCGGUCGUCAUCAGUCAGCUAAUCACUCUCCGUACUGUGCUCUCUCUCUGUUUCGUUGAACCUGUAUCUAUCCAUCUCUUUCAUUAGCGCUGAUUGCAGCGUCACAGCAUAGAAUGUCACAGCCUAGGAUAAGGGCGGCCUGCACUGUACUCUGUUUAGCACUCUGCUUCCUGCUGGUCCAAGCACAAAAGAAAGGUGGAGAAGGAGGAAGAGGAGGAGGAGAUUCAGGAGACAAGAAGGAUGAGCCAGAAUUUGUGUGCCCUGAGGGAGGAGGCAAUGGAAACUAUGCCGAUCCUGCUACAUGUAGGAGGUUCUAUCAGUGUGUGGAUAAUUACCCCUACUUGAACCGUUGUCCGUCAGGACUUCAUUUUGAUGACAUCAGCAAGCUUUGCACGUUCAAAGCCGAAGCCAGGUGUGGACCUAUACCCACAACUAGUGCUCCAAGCACCGAGCCAGCCGUGGACCUGGCAGCCAAGUGUGACACCUCGCAGUGUCAGCUGCCAUACUGCUUCUGCUCACGAGAUGGCACCAUCAUACCAGGAGGCUUGGAUCCUGACGAGACACCGCAGAUGAUCCUACUGACGUUCGACGGAGCGGUGAACCUGAACAACUUCGAUCACUACAAGCGAGUGUUCGCCUCGGACCGACGCAACCCGAACGGAUGCGAGAUCAAGGGAACUUUCUUCGUGUCGCAUGAGUACUGCGACUACAAUAUGAUCCAGGAGUUGGCUCAUAACGGACAUGAAGUCGGAGUCGAGACCAUAUCACUUCAACAAGGACUGCAGGACAAGGGCUACGAAGAGUGGGUGGGAGAAAUGAUUGGCAUGCGAGAGAUUUUGAGACAUUUUGCCAACGUGUCAAGGAGUGACAUUGUGGGAAUGAGAGCCCCCUUCCUCAAGCCUGGAAGAAACACUCAAUACGAGGUUGUAGAAGAUUUUGGUUUCAUCUAUGACAGCUCAGUUGGAAUUCCACCGCUCAAGUUUCCAAUCUGGCCUUACACUCUCGACUACAAGAUCCCUCAUGAAUGCAAGUCGGGCACCUGCCCCACUAAAUCCUUCCCAGGCAUCUGGGAAGUGCCUCUGAACGCGCACUUUGUGGAGACGUACGAGGGCGGCCACUGUCCCUACCUGGACCAGUGUGUAUUGCACAACCAUGACCCUGACGAGGUGUUUGAGUGGCUGCGCGAGGACUUCGAGCGCUACUACAAGCAAAACAGGGCGCCCUACAUGAUGCCCUUCCACACCAACUGGUUCCAGAUCAAGGAGCUCGAACGCGGGCUGCACAAGUUCAUCGACUGGGCUAUCAAAUUAGAGGACGUGUGGUUCGUGACGGUGACACAAGCCCUGACAUGGAUGACCGAGCCGAAGCCCAACAAGGACCUCAAGACAUUCGCUCCUUGGAAGUGCGAGCGCAAGGACAACCUCCCUUCAGCCCCCUGCAAUCUACCCAACAAAUGCGCCCUCUCCUUCAAGCCACCUGAGGCUAAUUUCAGCACUACAAGGUAUCUUACAACAUGCAGAGAAUGCCCGAAUAAAUAUCCCUGGCUGGGAGACUCAGAAGGAACAGGCAUAGCGGGUCGCGAUGUUUACAAUCCAGAAAAUUGAAGCCUUUCAAUAAAAAAUUAUAUGUUUAUGAAAAUCUAAAAGAAAGCAAUUAUUUUAGACGAGGACAAACACACACAAAAUCAAGAACUGUUUUGUGAUGAAAAUGGAUAUUUUCUAUCCUAAUCUGUUUUUCAAUUAUAAACUAAUAAUAUCGAAGAUUGAAUUGAAUUAGUUCUAUGAUAAUUAUAAUCAAUUAUUUCAAUGCUUGAUAAGUUUCCUUGUCAGCAUUUUUCUAUAAUAAAUUAUAAAUUUCAAAUUGAAUUAUAAAUUGUUAUUAUGGUUGCGAAUGAAAUAUGCAUUGUAUAUUCUUGAAUUGUUCCAUAAAAACCUACUAUUGAAAACGUUCGACAGUUCAUCACUUAUUGAGGAGAAUCUCUUCAAUAUAGUUAUUAUUAUGAAAAUGUGUCCUGUCGGCUGUCAUUGAUAUUGUUUUGAUAAUCGUGGUAACUUAUCAUAUCGAAUAAGAUUGUAUUUUUAAAUGGAAAUUUACUGUCUGAAACUCUUAUUUCAAUGAGGAUAGAAUCAAUAAUAUUAUUAUUAAUGAGGAUAGAAUCUGUUAUAUGUGUGACAUUUUAGGAGUCUUGUGACUGUUUACAAUCUUUUAUGAAAAUGUUGUUUUUUUAAAUAAAUUAUUUUCAUAUACA